AGGCCGGAGAGGAGCCGGGGGCCGAGCAGGGGCUGCAGAGCCGGGGUGGCACCGGGCGGGCGAGGGCCCGGCGUGGCGAGGCGGGGCAGCCGCCGCCGGGGCUCCCGGGAGGCCGUGCCGGUGUGGCGGGGCCCGGGCAGCCGCCGCCGCGGGCAUGGCGGGCCGCACGGUGCGGGUGCGGGGCUUCCCCGCCGAGCUGCCUCCCGACAGGGUGGCCGACAAGCUGACCAUUCACUUCCUGCGCUCCCGCAACGGUGGCGGGGACAUCGCCGACGUCCGGGUGCUGCCCGGGUCCCCGCCCUGCGCCCUCAUCAUCUUCGAGGCACCAGAAGUGGCCCAGAGGAUCCUGAAGGUGAAAAACCACGUGCUGGCAGUCGGAAGGACACUGUACCCACUGGAGGUGACCCCGCACGCUGCAGAGCUGAGCCCCGAUGAGAUCUUCCUAUGUGUGUGCAUGACAAUUGACUAUGGCAAGCUUCCCACUGGCAAAAUCCUCCUGAGGGACUUGCAGAAAGGCUACAGCAAUGUACAGUUCAACUUUGACUCAAAGAAUAUGCACUGCAUAGUCCAGGGACCGUUCACUGAGCUGCAGACCUUCAGCAGAGACCUGCUAGGCAGCCUGAACCUCAGGAACCAAGCCAUUGGCGAGAUCCUCCUGCCAGCUUCCAGCCGUGGGGCCAAAGAGAUGGGAAUGCAUGACCACCAGCAAGUGCCUGACUCCCCUGGGUCAGCACAAGAGACAGCAAAGCUGCCAAACUGGGACCAGGUGCGUGAAAUGGCAGCUGAAGUCCCAUCAACUCAGAGCCCAGUGGGUGAGGAAGCUGGGGAAUUUUUGAGGAAGCUGGAGGACUUUUCCCUAGCAAUGGACUUGGACAUUUACUUGUACAUGCAGAGGUUCUGUGCUGCUGAGUACCAAGGUGUGCUGCACCAAUAUCACGUGGAUGUGGUGGACAUUAGUGGCGAUGGCAUUGCUGUAUUGUAUCUUCAGCCAUCUGGAGGUCUGUCUGGGAACGUGGAGGCCUUGCAACAGGCCCACCUGGCCCUGCAGCAGCUCUACCAGCAGCUGGAGGUGAGCCUGCGCAAGGAGAGGAUUGCUAAGGAAGGGCUGGGAAUGGACAGCCAGGCACUCAGCACUCUGACACAAGAACUGCAGCAGCUGUAUCCCCACUUGCUCUGCCAUGAGGAUGUGAAGCAGCUUUAUCUUGUUGGAAACCUUGUUGAUGUGUCCCAGGCCAAGCAGCACCUUCAGGAUUGUGUCACCAGGAGAGGUGCUGCACACAUGGUUGACACGCUGAGCAGCUCCCAACCCUCACACCUUGCAACCUCUGGCACCACAGAGGCUGCACUACACCUGGCCAAAGUGCCUGUGGAUACUUCAGCCACAAGACUUAGCCCAGGCAGGCCAGAGCUGAAAGGUGAGUUCAAGCUAGCUGCCAACUUCAGUGCCCUGAAAGCUGACAGGUCUCAGGCUGGCCAGAACCUCUCGCUGGAUCAGGACUCUCCACCAGUGGGACACGUGCAGCUGUCUGGGAAACAUUCAUCAGAGAUAGAUGCCUCUGGUCUGAGUGACCCAAGAGCACUGACCCAGCAGUAUCGGCCUCCCACCCCUGUGACAGAUAAGGUUCUGGGGUCAGCAGCAGACCCUCAGCAGAAUGACCCCACAGAAAGGGACCAUAUGGAAGGAGGUGCCAGACUUACAGGACAAAAGGUGCUGUUGCCCUUUGUCGGCAAAGAAAACAGGACUUUUCAGCAGCCUGAGGAGUCUAAAGGCUCAGGUCCCGUUAAGCACCACUCCCUGGCUGGCAUCUCCAGCACCUGUGAUGUGACAUGGACCUCUUCUGCUUUAGACUCCAAAUCCUCUGCAUCCAGGCCUCUGCUGCGACGGUCCAACAGCUUCUCCCUGCCAAGGUCAAAGGAAAGCAACGACUCCGGAGACAGCAGCAGCAGGGUGAGUGAGGAAAUGAGCCUGGACUCUCUGCAGUGGUUUUACCUGAAAGAUGUCUGCCAUGCCACAAUUGAUGAGCUGUGCAGGGCUGGAGGGGUGCACAUCUCAGAGCGCCACGCUGGGGACUGCACAGUGCUGACGCUGCAGGCAGCAGACAGGAGAAGGCUGCUCCAGGCUAAAUGGAAGGUGGAAGAUCUUGUGCAGAAGUGCCCUGACUUGGUGUGCCAGAGUCUGAGCUACUCAGAGCUCGCUGUAGAUGGUCCAGAUGACAGUGCCCUGAGUGAACUGUGCAGCCUCUUGCGAGGAAAAUCCUUCCAGGUUGGACUCAGCAAAGACAAGUACAAGCUAUAUCUUGUCUGCCCCAAGGAGAUGGUGCCAGGAGUGGCUGAGGCAUUCCACAUGUUUUCUUCCAGGAGGCUCUGUGCUGUGAAGUCUUCAUCUAUGUCUCCUGCACUAGAAAGUACAGGGAAAUCAAGUGUCAUCCAGCCAGGCAGAAGCCAGGACCCAGUGCUGGAUGCAGCCCUUCCUGGCAGCCCAAAUUCCCUACAGCACCUGAACAUCAGCAAUAAAGUAGACUCUACAGAUAUGCUCAGGGCUUCCUGGGUGCCAGAGGCUGAGGAAAAGAGGUCCUCCAGUCCUUGGAGGUUCCAGCAGGCUUGGGGGAAGGAGGAAGCCAGGGUCCGUAUUGAUUCUGGGGCUGGGAGAGGAGGAAGCAGCCUUCUGAGCGUUGGUGCAGGGGAUAAGCCAAGUCCUCCUGGCCUGAGGGAGUCCCAGGAACAGCGGAAGACAAAACUGUCUCUGGGGGAGCCUGACGCCACCCGGCUAAAACAAGUCUUGCCAGACAGAUUCCAGUUUGCAAGAGACAAGAGCAGAGGAGGCCACAAUGAAGCAAUGGGACAGCAGCACUGUCCAGUCCCUGCAGCUGACGGAGCUCCUCAGUCUCUGCCCACCUGGCUAUCCAGGGCCACGGCUACUGAGCCACCACCAGCUGUGGCCCAAGAGGAACCUGCAGCAGAGGCCAGGGAUCAGGGAACGGCCCCGCUCCCAAAGGGCAGGAGCAAUGAGCAGGAGGAGCCUGACCUCCCAUCACAGCAGAGAAGAGACCCCAGCCUUGGACAGGAAAGCAGCACAAUCCCUCUGGGCCAGUGUGAUGCUUGCCAGGGCUCAGGUGUGACCUGCCAGGGCGCCUGCGGUCACGCCUUGUGCAGGACAUGUUUUGCAGCAGACAGUACGCAGCCAGCUUGCUGCAGGUCGUCCUCCACUGCCCCAAGCUGCAAGAUCUUGGGGACAUUGAAGAUCUCCUCCCUGUCUCAGAGCCUGCCUGGAUACUAUCGAGACCCAACACUUCAGCUUGCUUACAGCAUCCCUGACGGCGUGCAGGGGGUUGGGGACCCUCACCCAGGACAGCCUUACAAAGGGGGGAAUUUUUGUGCCUUCCUGCCUGACAACAAGGAAGGGCUGAAGACAGCAAAGCUGCUGAAGAAAGCAUUUGAACGCGGGCUGACAUUCCAGAUCAAGUCCUGCAGUGGAGAAGAAAAAGUAACAUGGGGCUUUAUCCCCCACAAAACCUCCUGGGAUGGAGGCAAAGCCAGGAAUGGCUACCCGGAUGCCCAGUAUCUCCGGGAGGUUGGCGCAGUUCUGAAUAAACUGGGCCUUGCGUGAUUCUCCCACAGCCAUGGCCUGUGGCUUCCCUUUGCCUUCCUUUCCUGCUGAGAAAACUGCAGCUUAACAAGAGACAGCUCAGGAAGAAGCAGGUGUUUGUCAAAGGAGCUCCUGCGUUCCCCAGAUGUAGCCAGAAAUCUGCGCAUUAGCAAACAGCAGCACCUCCGUCCCUGCCCCACGAAGGCCCCAGCAUGGAUCAGUGCUUCCCAGAAACUCCAGCUCCUCUUGGAUGUGUGUCCUGGCAGCCAACUGCAGAACUUAUUUCAUUCAGCUGACUGCAGGCUGAGCCCCGUGUGGCUUUCAGUAGCAUGACCCAAACCCGGGCAGGAGUCUGCAUCUAGUCCAGCCCCAGCUUCUGGAAGUCUCUUCCGCCUCCUGCCACUACAGGUAGGUUCCAGCUCAGCUGCUGCCAGAGCCCAGGCUGGAGAUGAACUGUCGCUAGUGUCAGCUCUUCACACUGACACUUCAGGCCUCUGCAGACAGCCCCAUGCUCCAGCCCCUCCCCAGCACCUGCUCUGAAGCCAGCACCUCUGGUGCCCUCUUGAGGAGAACAUUAACAGCUUUCAGCACCCACAGCAGCUGCCUCCCAGGGACAGUCUCUAUGCUGACAAAUAAAUGGGAUUUAUUCUCA